UGGUGUCACAAUCCAGUAAAUCGUGCAACUCCCAGGCCCCACUCGGCCCAACUAGAAAGGAGUCAUCGUCAAGUGACACGUCAAUCACGAUGACGUCAUGAGGAUGUUAACUCAAUCACCAAACUGGACAUAACCGGUUUAUAACCAGUCUAACUGGAAAUAACAUUUUUUACCACCGCCCCCAAACUUCCGUACUUAUGCUUUAAAGUUCUUUUAUGAACAACGCAAACCCGCAAAGCGAAACAAGAAAUUGAAUAUCGAGAAGUUUUUUUAUUUCCACGGUGACCAUGGAUGACCUUUCACGUGGUGAUAAAAGAGUUGAAGAAGAACCAAGAAGAGGGGAGGAGCGAAAUAAUGAGGAGGAGAGGUCACGCAGGCCACGAGUGUUGACAGAAGGACAAAGAGCUCGGAAGAGAGCGCGUGACCUUGUACUCACCGAGGAGCAAAGAGUGCGAAAAAGACAGACGAGCUCCGAGAACAGGUUAAGUGGUAAGCAAAGAGUCCGGGAAGGGCAAAAGGACUCGGAGUACGAACUAGAUGACGAGCAGAGAGCUCGUAAAGAGGCAGAGAAACUUAGAAACACUCAACGCCCAGCGUGCAAUGAUGGCAGAAGACAGCUUGUUUGCUCAAAGGCAAAGAGAAAGGGCUCGUGAGCGACAGAGGGCGUCUAGACUCAGGAGAAAACAUCAGAGGCAGCCCUCCACUACUACCGCUUUUGUUGGUGAGUUUUCUUUGAGUAAAAUAAUGUCUAUAUUGUAUCGAUAUUCUUUUGUUAGUUAUUGUAUAGAUAUUCUCAUUUGUUUUCUUUCUUCUUCUUAGACUAAGGUUAUCAUUUUCUAUUGAGAGUAAGAGGAAAUACCUCAAAUAAAGCAAACUAGAAUCAGUAAUGCAGAAUUAGUUUAUUUGUCAUUUAGUUUAUUUAUCAAGCUAAGUGUGCCAGAUGUGGCAUACUUAGCUUGGUUGUGUAAAAUGCAUAAUAAGCCCAAUUCUGUUGAGUUAAAUUCUCGUUCUGCAUUAUAAUUGUGUGUAAACUUCGUGUACAGUUAUCAAAAGGCCUAUCUGAAAGAGAAAUAUUAUAGACGUGUUUGUUUUUGUCAACUCAAAUAUUUCAAAAUAUAAUAGUUGUCUUAUUUCUUGUCACCUCAAAUAUUGCAUAAAUAUCAUAGUUGGGUUUAGUUUUGGCACCCAAAAUAUAAUGCAUAAUUAUUGUAGUUUUUGUUGCAUAAAAUAAUGCAUAAUUAUGAUAGUUGUGUUUUUGUUACCUCAGAUGUUUCAUAAAUAUUAUAGUUGUGUUUUAGUUUAAUCCCGUAUACAUAUAUACAUAUUGGAGGUGGUGAUCUGUCAUAUUUCUAAAGUUUCAAAGUUUUGAUGUUACCCCUUUUAUAGUUAAAAUAUCAAUUUUGCACAACAAUUUUCAAUGAAAGAUACUGUACAUGACAGGUGUACUAUUUUGAAAUCCAGGAGUACAAGCAUAAAGUCCUAUUAGCAGACUCUGCCAUAGCAGACUAUAUAAUUUGCAGAUACUAGGUGAAUGUGUAGAUGCUACAUACACUAAUUGUAAACACACUGUAGGUUAGAUUCUAAACUGUUUUACAUUUGACUCAUUGCUGAUUAUAAACAUGGAGAAAGAUAUUCUAACACAAACUAAGUUUGUAUUUUUGAAAUCCUUCUUUACUUUGCAUACAACAUAAGAGCUUUUUUCUUAGGGGCACCAGGUAGGUUUUAAUUCUUUUUUUCACACUUAAUGAGGUAAGUGUAAAAAAACACUGAUAAAUUAUUUAAAAAGUAAGCUGUAUAUCAAUAUUUUGGUGUAAAUGAACCCAAUUCACUUUGAUACUAUGAAAGAAAUAUGGCUAAAUGAUUCUAGUCAGGUCUUAUUUAUCUGACACAUUUAUGCUUUUUUCCCCUCAGUUGUCAAAGAUGUUUUGCAAGGUUGUUGUGUGUCAAUUACAGCAUAAAAUAAAAAAAAAUCGCAUAUUUAAUUUAUUGAUACGUUACCCAUGAACCUAUGCCGGUAUGAUACAUAGAUUCUAGAUGGUGUUUAUUGGUGUAUUUUAGGUGAGCCCUAACGUUUGGAAAAUAUAUAAUUUGAUACUUCUUUCAUCCUUUUUUUAUAGAGAAGAACAACAACAAGAUAAAAACAGGUGAUGCAGCUGUAGGUGGCAGCAGUGAUGGGACCAAGCAGUUUGUCUUCCACAUAUAUUGAUUUCCAUAUUUAGGGAAGUGCUUUUGGUGCCUCCUCUAAAUAUGGAAAUUAAUUGUUACAUGGUAGACAAACUGUUGUCUCUUUAUUAAUACAUGUUUUAACAUUUAUUAUUUUAUAUAAUACACCUAUUUCAAAUAAGGUUGCAAUACCAAUGUCACAAACUGCAGUGCUUCAAAGAUAUCAAAUGAGCCAACAAAUAAGCAUAGAUCAAAGCCUACCCAUGUUUCUUUUUGUGUGUCUUUUGAAUGAACCAAUCAGUGUUACCACACAUUGAUCCUCCAAUGCAAUACCUUGUUUGAAAUAGGUGUAUAAUAUAUAUUUUAAAAAUAUCCUAACCCGUUAUAUUUUAUUAUUCUUGAUCUAAAUAACCAAUAGGUUCUUAUGACCAUACAAUAUUUUAUUAGGUUGUGCAUGAUUUUUUAUCGCCAAAUUAUCAAUGAUAAGACACAAGCAUAAUUUUAUACAUGAAUACUUUUUGAAUGAACCAUUUUAUUUUUUUAUGUCAUUGCAAUAUUUAUAUUGUAGUGUGCACAAUUUUUCAUAGCCAAAUUAUAAAGGAUAGGACACAAGCCUAACUUUAGAAAUGAAUAAUUUAGAAUGAACCAUUUUAAUUUCCUGUGUCAAUACAAUAUUAUUUCUAUUAUGGCUUGCACAAUUUUUCACAACCAAAUUAUAUGUGAUAAGACACCAGCCUAAAUAAAUGCUUUUAAAUUAAAAGCCAUGAUUUUUAAUAAUUCAGAAUAACACCUUUUUUAACAUCAUGCAUUUUUCCUACUUACGUGUAUACACCAUUUUCCUACUAAAAGCAAUCCCAUACUGCUGGAUUUCAGCUUUGACUUUUUCAUGUCAAAUAAUGGUACAUAAUUUGUACAAUGAUAAUAAAAACAUUCUCUAAAAGGCACCCAUUUGGUAAUAAAAGUAUUUAUUGUCAUUCUCAUGCUCAAUUCAAUUCAUUCAUCCAUCAUAAUCCUGGGUAGUCUUCCUGGGGGAGUGGAGGGAGGUAAAUAUAUCAGUUGUUAUUGAAUACAAAAAUUAAUUAAUUUGAUACCCCUAAAGGAUAGCAGUAUCAGAAUAACCAUUAAACACCCCCUGAGGGAUAGUAGUUGGGUGAAGUUUAUACCCUAAAAGAUGAUUAUCUACACCCCAUCUACUUUUUUGGAGAGUCAAACCCCAGGGGGUGGGGGUCAUGGCAGAAAUUAGUAAUGUACCCAAGACACCAGGAUUUACUUGGAAAUGGAUAUAAAAUAAAACUACUCCAAAGCUA